ACACGCAUAUGCACGCAGAGAGUUAUAGCUAUUCUUAUAUAAGACUGUGCAUGAAAUUAAAAAAGUAUUCUGAAAGCUUGAGACUCUUCGCUACAGACGACACAGUAACAGUACCAGUGUGUCUGUCAAAGAUUCCCGGUCAGCCUCAUUUCACCUCAGAAUUAUUUUGUUGAGGUCUGUCUAUAAACCGUAACAGUAAGGAUAUGUGCCACCAACGCAACAGCCAUAUCUUUGAGAUCAUCUGUUAUUAUGUAUAGCAGUGCUGUCUCCCUGCUAUGAAGGACAGGAAAAAAGUGGUUUGCGAGCCGAGAAUUUAAUAGUGUAGUUAGAGAAAAAAGACAAAAUACAAAUUUACGUUAUUUAAAAAGCAAUAAAUCAGUUAAUGUUUUGUAAUGUCCAUUUAAAUGUAAGGUAUUGAGUGUAAUAUUAUUAAGUUUAUUGUAUUGGAAAUUAUUAUAAUAAACGUGUGAUUUAUAUAAAGCAUGAUCACGGUUAUGAAAGUGCAUGCUCUCAGCACUUAAGAACGAGACAUACACAACAUGCGAAGGAUAGAUGAAUAAACAUCCGUGAAGACAAGUAAUAAAGACAACCAUAGAAGACACAAAGAGGAAUCAGGGAACAAACUGUAAGGAUUGAGAGUUUCGUGAAUCUGCAGAGGAAGACAAGCAGUCGGUAGACGAAAAACGUUUUAAAAAAGGGUUAGAAGAAUGGAGGGAGGUAAAACAGCACUAUUAAACAAGGUACGGCAGCAAAGUGCAAACCAAAAGCUCCCACCUUUGUUAAAACGAGAAUUUCAGACAGCAACGUUUAAUGGAGUUUCUAGGGAGCUGCAUCAGCCUACGCUGCGCAUUAUGCAGUGGAACUUACUAGCUCAAGCUCUUAGUCAAGGUGAAGACAACUUUGUCUUAUGUCCAGAAGAAGCAUUGGCCUGGAAUAACCGAAAGCUACAUAUUUUGGAAGAGCUGCUUACUUACAAUGCCACCAUUCUUUGCUUAGAAGAAGUUGAUUGUUUUGAUUACCUCCAACAGAAUCUGGCUGACGCUGGCUACAGUGGUAUAUUUCUACCAAAACCGGAUUCUCCUUGCCUUUACAGCGCUCACUGUGUUGGCCCAGAUGGCUGUGCAUUGUUCUGGAGGUCAGAUGAGGUGACUCAGAUUUUCCAAAAAGGCAUUGUCCUCCAUGAUGAUGAUGGGCAGGAGACAAAUCAGGUAGCACUUCUAUGUAGAUUUACCCUCAAGGAACUGAAGAAAGAAUUUUAUGUGGUUGUCACACAUCUUAAGUCCAAGACUCCAUUUUGGCAGCUCCGACAUGAACAGGGAAAAUACUUGGAAAAGGUCUUGUCUGAGGUCACUGUAGAUUUUCCAGUUAUUAUUUGUGGUGACUUCAAUGCGGAACCAAAUGAAAAAGUGUACCAGGUGUUCAGAGAGAGCAUCAUGGACUUGGGCAGUGCAUACUGCCAUCUGAGUCCACAGGAGGAGGAACCCUCAUUUACAACAUGGAAGAUCCGAGGAGGAACUCAUGGGAAAAACAAAGAAGUGGCCCAUUGCAUUGAUUAUAUAUGGUAUUCACGUUCAGAAUUAAGACCAAUAUCUCUUCUAAAAUUUCCAUCAGAAGAUGAGAUAGGCAAAGACCGCCUGCCAUCCCUAUCCUAUCCGUCAGACCACUUAUCCCUUGUGGUAGAUUUUGGCUUUAUCAAGCACUUACAAGAGACAGAUAUGUAAUGACAGGUUUUCUAGUAGCUGUGUUGUUAUUUAUUUAAUCCUGUAUCAUCUUUGAUGCUUUAUCGUAUGCCAAGAAACAACCCAUACAAAAAUAUUUUGGUGGCUUGUCAGGAUCUAUUUAUGAAUCGUUUAUCUGUUCCAGUGCACACAUACAUCCACAAAAAUUUGCAAUGAUGGCAUUAUGACUUUGCCUCACCCCCCAGCAGCAGAGGAAGUAAAAUAAUGCUAUCAUAGUUUAUUUUACUGCUCAGAAAUUGGCUUUGCUGCUUGAAUAAUAUCUAGUACAGAUCUCGUCACAGGCAAACUUUUUUUUUCUGCCUUGUGGCACCUGUUUAGUUUGAUGCAUCAGUUGUUAGCUCAGCAUACAACAUUCUUUCCAACCCACCCCCAUGACAAAACACAUUAACGUGGAUUAACUAUUUUACUCUCUUUUGUACAUCAAUACACCAUAACACAAUUUCUGAAUGUUCUGUUUAUUUCUAAUCCCAGAGUAAUACACUUGGGGGAAACUUCCAACUGUGACUAUUUUCACACAUUUAAAUAAGUUUAAGCAUGUAUGCAUACCUACAUAUAGGCAAACCUACAUUUUACUCCCAGCCCACAAUUAAAAAAAUUAUUUGUAUGGUUUCUUUGCAUCCACAUUGUAUUCCUAAUGUCUCAUUACCUGUUUGAAUUGACUAAUGCUUAUUAUUAAAGGCAUCUGUAAUAUACCGUA